UGAUAACAAAAGGGCAAUUUGAAAUGUUCGAUCCAUUAUCAGCAAUGGAUGAUUUUAGAACAGGCUCUCUAUUUUUCCAAGGCUUGGAUGAAGCUCAAAGCUCUGAUGGGCACGAUUACAAGAAUAAUGUUCAAAAUGACAUAAUUCCUGAACUUUUUAAGGACUGCUCUGAGAGUAUUCUUCCUGAAGAGACUUCUCUGUUUGAAGAUUGAGAGUUUAAUACUCCUAAAUCCUAUAAAGCAAAGAAAUCAGGGUUUUGUAACAAAAUAGCAAGGAAGGAUGAGCCUUGCUGUAAAAAUUCUUCAAAUUGAAUUCAUAAAAGAAUUUCAAAAAGUAGUAUAGUAAGAAAAUCUUCAAACGAGAAGAGAGCUCCUUCAUUGAAGAAGGAUCUUAAGCCCAAAGAGAAGAAAGCAAGAAUAAAUUAUUCUAAAAUGGUUGACUCCAUCUUCGACCAAUCUGAUAAAGCGAUAGGCAUAACUGAACUUUCAAUGAGGAGGGAUGUUAUUAACAAAAGAAUUCUUAGAGGAUUCAAAAAGUUUAUAUCUGAUUUAUUCCAAGAACAAAGGAUCAGGCCGUGCAGACUCAAAGGCAAAGAUUCCAAGUUUAAGGAGGCUAUUAUCAAAAAAGGCAAAAGUCUUAAUCUCAUUCAGCCAGAUGAAGGAAGUAGUAACAAACAUUUCGGAGAGUUUGUUUGUUGGAUGGCAAUGAGUAAAAAUACUUCGAAAGCAAAAUCUCUCUUUGAUAAUAGCAAUCAGUCUAUUUCUGAAUUUGAAGAUGUUCUUGUUAAGUAUUCUCAUAAGAAGCUUGAGAGAAUUUAUGAGAACAAAGAUAUCGCUCAAACUUACAAAUACUUCAUCGAGAACGGGAUCGAGUGUUUCUUGCAGAAGUGUCCAGAAGAUAAGAGGGAGGUCUAUCUCAAUUGAAGCAUGAACAUCUAUAACAAAUUUAAUAAUCUUUAUUAAUACUGAGUUUAGCUUAAUUAUUAUCUUCAUUCACGAUUGGAAAAAUUAUGACUUAUUAAUAAUUUCAGGGACAUAUUUUUAUUAUUUUACUAAUUGGGAAAUUCUGAAAAUAGUUAGAUUCCUCAUACAUCUUCCAUUUUGAAUUUAGAGCCUGCAGCUUCUGGAGGAUCCUCUUAAGAUCCUAAAGUUCAAUUACACUCCGUCAAAAAUUAAUAUUAGAAAUAAUAAGUUAAUUCUAACUUAUCCAUGUUACUAAAUUUUUCCCGCUCAGUCAAACAUAGUGUUUGUUAAUAUACAUAAUGUCAAAAUUUAUCUCUAAAUGCCACAAGCAGUAUCUGAAGACCUUAACUCUACCUAAAAUUGAUAAUAUUAUACACAAAAUU